CUCAUUGAAAAACUAUCUAAUCUCACUCUCCGAGACCACAAGAUGAGGAUCGUAUUGCAAGUUAUUUUCUUUGCACUUGCAACAGUCAUGGCGAGGCCUUCGUUUCACCAAGGUCACGGUCUUGAAGAGCCCAAGCUCAUCUCGCAGUCGGUACAUCUGAGCGAAGUGCCGACCAAGGUCAUCAAGGUCACCAAGACGGUAGCCAUUAAAGUUCCAGUGCCGUAUCCCGUUAAGGUUCCCCAUCAUAUUCCAUUUCCGGUGCCGGUAAAACAUCCCGUGGCCGUUCCGGUACCGCAAAUAGUGAAAGUACCGCAGCACGUGCCAGUGCCGUUUGAGAAGCCGGUUCCGAUACAAUUGCAACAGCAGGUGCCGUUCUUGAUAUCUAAACCAGUGCCUAUUCCGCAUCCCGUGCCGGUGCCGCAUACUGUCACCUUGACCAAACCGGUGUUUAUCCCGGUGCCGAAGACGAUCCCGAUCCCGCAAUCGGAUCACGAGGGCGGCGGUCAUAUUCCCAUUGGAUCUAAUGGCGAUCAUGUCGGUCACGACGCGUCAUCCAGAUACAGUGCUUACACCGUCAAUGUUCAAGGCCACGAAGCCUACAAUCAGCAUCAAGGCGACGACCAGGCCCAUUACCAGUCUUCUCAGCCUGAUUACUCGGCGGAUCAUUAACUUUCGAAAUGCGACAGGUACGGUUUGUUAUGGCAGCGCGAGGUCUUUCUCGUAAAAGAUUAAAAGGAAAAGUGAAUCGAGAAGUGAAGUAAGUUAUUAAGCAUACGAUGUAAAUACGUUCGAGACGGCUACUUUGAAAACGAAAUGAUGAAAUAAUUCAAGCAAGAGCAGUUUACAUAAUGCUUUUUUUGAAAGCUCGAUUUAUUCCACUUGCAGUUGAUUGAUGAGUCGAUAUGUAAAUUACGGUAAAGAUAAAUUUCACUUUUAAAGUACUGUCUUUAUCAAUUACGUACAUUUAGAGACAAAUAGUAGAAAGAGGUAAGUAUAUAUAUAUGUAUAUAUAUAUACAUGUAUGUAUAAAGUUACAUUUAAAACAGUAGAUUUUAGCAAUUUUUUAUUUUUUUUUAUAAACUGUGAAAUAUGUCGUUUUGAAGAACGUAUUGUGGUAAACUUUAUAUGUACACACACAGAGGCUGUUUCUAUGCUAAAUAUGUUACAAAUAAACUUGCAUAUUUUACGUAAAGAAAUCACAAAAAGUGAUUUAUAUGUUUUGAAAUUCGCGAUGAAUAAUAAUAUAACCGGGAUAUAUUGUGAAAUAUGUAAUGGAGAUAGAACGCAUAAAGAUGAGGCCAUCUCGAUACAUAAAUCAGAUUUUAACUCGCAAUAUUCUGGAUGUUAUUCGUGAAAUAUAAAAAUUUAAAAAAAUUGUUGGUCUAAAUUUUACGUAAAUUUUAUGUAAUUCUAUUUGCAACAUUCAGUUUUUGUGGAAACACUCUGUAUACAUACAUAAUACAUAAAUAAUUUAUUCUUAUAAAACAUAUGGUAUUUUUUUAAUUUAACGUCAAAUAUAGUUAGACCAAAAAUAUUAAUAACAAAAACUUAUAACAGGAAGAAGACUGUAGCACAAUGCUGAGAUUAAGAUGCUGUUAUUUCUGUUAAAACAACAAAUCAAAAUUGAUCUUGAGGUUAAUUAAAAAAAUUCAAGAUAAUUUAUGUAUUUUUUUAUACACAUAUGGACAGGCAACUAACGUAUAUUUCGAAAGAUGUUGAGUUUUUGUUUUUGUUGUUUCAUGUUUUGAGUUUUGGUUGUUUUUAAAUGUUACAAUAUUUUUGUAAUGCAU